ACUUUCCAUUAUCAUCUGUACAUUUUUGGUGAUAACGACGUUGUACAGCAUCUCACUGAUAAUGUCUGGAAUGGCGUCUAACCUAGCUAAAAAGCGGGCAUUGGCUGCAGGGUUUGGCACCAAUGCCAAUGCGGUGAAAUAUCUCAAUCAGGAUUUUGAAGCGCUUAGGGCGCAAUGUUUAAGUCGAGGAGGGCUAUUCUCGGAUCCAACUUUUCCAGCCGCACCCGAAUCUUUGGGCUUUAAUGAACUCGGACCAGGCUCGUACAAAACUAGAGCAGUGCAAUGGAAAAGGCCAGGAGAGUUGUGCUCAAGUCCAGAGUUCAUUGUUGGAGGAGCCACCAGAACAGAUAUCUGUCAAGGAGCUCUAGGUGACUGUUGGCUUUUGGCUGCCAUUGCCUCUUUGACGCUCAAUGAAGAUGUCAUGGCUAGAGUGGUCCCCGUUGGACAGAGCUUUGGGGAAAGUUACGCUGGCAUUUUUCACUUUCAGUUUUGGCAGUUUGGGGAGUGGGUGGACGUUGUCAUUGAUGACAGGCUGCCCACAAAAGAUGGAGAGCUGCUGUUUGUUCACUCAGCUGAGGGCUCAGAGUUUUGGAGUGCACUGCUGGAGAAGGCCUACGCCAAGGUGAAUGGCUGCUACGAGGCCCUGUCUGGGGGCUCCACCACUGAGGGCUUUGAGGACUUCACUGGGGGCAUUGCAGAGAACUACGACCUGAGGAAACCACCUCCGAACAUGUUCCAGAUUAUUAAGAAGGCAAUCGAGUCAGGGGCUCUGCUUGGCUGCUCCAUUGACAUAACCAGUGCCGCUGAUUCUGAGGCAGUCACACGACAGAAGCUGGUGAAAGGGCAUGCCUACUCCCUAACAGGGGCUGUUGAGGUGACCUAUCGUGGCCGUAAGGAGAAGCUGAUCAGGAUACGUAACCCUUGGGGUCAAGUGGAAUGGACAGGGGCUUGGAGUGACAGCUCCUCAGAGUGGAACUCCGUUGAUGAUUCGGAGCGCCAGAACGUCAAAGCUGAUGAUGGAGAAUUCUGGAUGUCAUUUACAGAGUUCCUGCGGCAUUACUCUCGCAUAGAGAUUUGCACUCUGACCCCAGAUACGCUAACGGAUGACUCUGUGAAGCACUGGAGUGUGUGUAACUAUGAUGGUAGCUGGAGGAAGGGUUCCACUGCUGGGGGGUGCAGGAACCAUGCCUACACCUUCUGGAUGAACCCCCAAUUUGUGAUCAGGCUGGAUGAAGAGGACGAUGACCCUGAUGAUAACGAGGUGGGCUGCAGCUUCGUGGUGGGCCUGAUCCAGAAGAACCGGCGCCGGCUGAGGAAAGUAGGCGAAGACAUGCACACCAUUGGCUUCGCCAUCUAUGAGGUUCCAUCACAGUUUCAUGGUCAGAGGGAGGUUCACCUGGACAAGAAUUAUUUCCUGACACAUGCUCAAAAGGCCCGGUCUGAGACCUUCGUCAACCUUCGGGAGGUUAGCACCCGCUUCAAAAUGCCCCCCGGGGAGUACCUCAUUGUGCCCUCCACCUUCGAGCCGCACCUAAAUGGUGACUUCUGCAUCCGUGUUUUCUCAGAGAAGCAGACUGAGACUCGACCAUGUGACGAUCCUGUCAAGGCAGACUUAGAUGAUGAGACUGUAUCUGAUGCUGAAGUCGACGCAGGAUUUAGAGGAUUGUUUACAAAGCUUGCAGGAGAUGACAUGGAGAUCUCUGCAACGGAGCUGAAAACCAUCAUGAAUAAGAUUGUCUCCAAACGAACUGACAUCAAAACAGAUGGCUUCAGUCUUGAAACCUGUAGAAUCAUGGUCAACCUCAUGGAUGACAGUGGGAAUGGAAAAUUGGGCCUUGGGGAAUUCGCUACUCUGUGGAAGAAAGUGCAGAAAUACCUGGGUAUCUAUAAAAAGAACGACAUGGACAAUUCAGGCACCAUGAGUACUCCAGAGAUGCGUAUGGCCCUGAAAGAAGCAGGCUUCACUUUGAACAAUGGCAUUUAUCAGAUCCUCGUGGCUCGCUACGCUGAGCUAGACAUGACCAUCGACUUUGAUAACUUUGUGGCCUGCCUUAUGCGUCUGGAUAUGAUGUUCAGAGUCUUUAUGAAGAUUGAUGCUCAUGACAGUGGCUUCAUUGAGCUCGACUUCCAUCAGUGGCUAACAUUUACGAUGAUCUAGAAGACCCCUGUUCAUUCCGAAGAAAAAUGUGCAGGUUAAAAAAACAAGUAUUAAAUUAAUUAUUUAAUGGAAUUUUUUAGAUUUUUAUGUCACAUUUUUGCAUGUAUUUUAUUCACUGCUGCAUGGUAUUACUAUGGUAGAUUUCAUGUGAAUGUCAUUCUGUAAGAGGAACAAGGAUAUAUUUGUUCGCACACCACUGUAAUAUGUUUACUUUUUGUAUUAGAAAAUAUGCCUUGUAGAGAUUGUGAAAUUUAUUUUUUAUUUUGGCCUGUUUUAUGGAAGGUCCACAUGGAAUUCCAUGCAAUGCUCAAAUAAAGAUUUAUUAUAUUAUAAUAAUGUUAACAGUCGGAAAUGAAUCCAUCGGCUAUAUGUAGGCUUUUAGGUUAUAAACCAACGGUCUACGACUGUCUAUAGGCCUAUACGGCGUAUGAUGCUCAGUUGCGCACCAACUAUACACGGUUCUUGGACCUUCAAUAAAUACGAUUGGGUGGA